ACGGUGAAGGAGUCCAUUAUUCACCGCGAGUUCCACCUCAACCGUUAAUCUCUUUAAAUAUCCAUCACUCUAUAAAUAGCUUCAACUUAUCCCAUUUCUUCAAAUAUCCCAUAAAUUAACUUAAGUCUUAAUUUGCAUCAAUGGCUUCCUUCAAUCGCUUCAAGGCUUUCAUCUCUCUUGCUCUUUCUCUUACGUUCUUCAUGCAAGGCACCCUAGGAGGAAUAACAUGCGAGAAGUUGGACAGCAGCAAAUGUGCAUUUGCUGUUUCAUCAUCAGCCAAACGCUGCGUCUUAGAGAACAGACUGCGAAGGGGAGGGCAGAUUGAAUUCUCAUGUCGAACUUCAAACAUCGAUGCUGAGAAGCUCGCGGACUUGAUUGAGACUGAUGAAUGCAUCAAAGCCUGCGGGCUUAGCAGGAGCACUGUUGGCAUCUCUUCCGACUCUCUGUUAGAAACAAAAUUCACUCAGACACUCUGCUCUCCUCAAUGCUACAAUGUUUGUUCUAACAUCGUUGAUCUCUACUUCAACCUCGCUGCUGGUGAAGGAGUGUUUCUACCGAAAUUAUGUGAAGAACAGGCAGCAGUUUCUCGCAGAGUCGCCAUGGAGAUGCGCAGUUCAGGUCUAGCACCGGUGGCAGGGCCGAUCUCUGGCUCCGAUAACGAGGUGGCUUGUGCGCCUACUCAGUCCAUUGAGGGCAUUGCGGAUGCCCCUGCAAUGCCACCAAUGUAGUAUACUGAAAGCUUGAAACUCUUAAGACUGCCUAUAGGAUUGAGUGUAUAAUGUUGGACAUAGGCAAACUUGAUAGUGUGAAA